UCUUCCGUCAACACAUAUGUUUACAUGUACACGUUCGGUCGCCGUCUUCUGAACGAGUUUACGACUGUCACGGUGUGUAUUGUAAGUGUGACAUGCUUUUCACGUCUAUGGACCUCACAUUGGAAUAUAGUGAAUCUGAAAACUUCAGCAUCUGUUCUACUGACGAAGACUUGUUGUGGUAGAUAAACGCCACGCCUUCUAGAGACUGAAGUCAGUAUUUGUUUUACCCUAUGAAAUGUACUAUGAUAUCGACUCGAAACCAUAAUUGGUGGCAAAGAGAUGAGGACCCCUGGUACCAACUGACAGGCUAAAGCUAGGCAUAACACUGAGCUAAUUCAUUACAAAGGCGAAUACAUAUUAACGUAUGUUUACAUACAGGCUAUAGCCAAACAGUACAUCAUUGAAUGACAGCACAUCCGUUAUGGAUCCGAUGGUACCUAACUUUGGUCACGUGGGUCAGCAAUGCUUAGGACAUACUAGUCAAAAUCAUGUUGGACAACCUGGUGUUGGUCAAAACUCUGGACAGGUGACUUACGAGGACCUGGACAGACCAGCCAAGGAGUUGACGCUUGAGGUAUUAUAUCAACUGUCACUGAAGCUACAGAACAUGACGAGAGGUAACUGGGCAAGCCUUGCUGAAAUCAUGGGCUAUUCUAGAGACAAGAUUGACGAGUUUGAUCACCAAUCAACUGCCGAGUACAAGCCACCGGGAUACCUAGUUUUGAGAGACUGGACGAAACAGGAAAGGGGUCGAUCUAUAUACGUGUUAUUGGAGUCUCUAAAACAGUGUGGCCGGUUGGACUGUGUCGUGUUUUUGGAACAGGCAAUAAAAAACUUACUCUCGAUGAAGCUGCACCUGAAGAUAACAGAUGAGACAGUCCCGUGUGACACAGUCAAACCUUACUUCCUUACCGUGCCAACCCGUUGCCAGGCGACGCUCAAGGAUAGUCUGGAAAAUGUCUUCGGCGGGGAGCUACAGGAUUAUGAGAUCUGCGCGGCAUGGACAGACAGAGCACAUCAGUUUAAAGGCAUGCAUUUGUCCGUACGCCGAAAAAGGCGCUCCGGUAAAGGAAUUUCCUUGACAACAUAUCUAGAAUGUACUCAUUACCGCAAUCAGGAGGAGCAAAACAACUUGUCAGAACCGAAUCAACAGUUAACAGGACGCUAUAGCGGUAACGCUUGUCCGCACAAAAGCGUCGAGACAGGAGAAAGACAUAUUCUUGGUGAUAAGUCGGGUAUCAGUAGAGAGCAUCCGACUGGCACACAAACUGUUAGAAACAUUUCAGUAGAUGAUCAUAAACGUUGCAUUGAAACCUGUCCUGGCCACAAAGACUAUGUUUCAGAGGAAUGCUUGUAUUGUGGCAAGUUUAAAACUUUUUCCCAGAAAACAGUUCACUCACUACUGGAUAAGGAAAUUAAUAACAGAACUCUCCGAAAAAUCGAGUCCGGAUUGCACUGCCGUAGUUGUACAUGUGAGCUAUCAGAGAUCGGAAGCGUGUCCUGCUUAGGUAGAGAACGAUUCACCAUAGCUUCUCACAGGACAGAUACAACAUGUAAUGUCACACGGACAGAGCAAGAAGGCGAGGCUACUAGGCGGAAGUUGAGUGAUGAUUCGGAUAAUGAAAACGUUGUGUCGUCUACCACUGAUAUGGAUGUGGACAUGAAAGGGACAAAUAACAAAUCUGAUUUGGACAAAAUAUCGCCAGAAACUUCCGGAUACAAAAGUUUCCAACGAGUGUCAUCCCACGCUCAACAUUGCCAGGAUUUUCAUGAUGACGACUUGGAACAGACAUUCGUGAAGGCGCCUUACCACAGCCAGACACACUGCAAGCUUGUAAGAGUCGUAACCGAAAAUAUCACAAUGGAAAAUGACACAGAAGGUUUGGUGGAGACACGUCCCCAUGUAAUGGGUCGGUCCGUAUCCGAUACGACAGCAUCCUAUCAACGUUUAAACAGGGAAACUAUGACCUACAAAGAAACGAACAUCGGACGAUUCACUUUCGAUAACGUACAGGUAAUGCACGGGCAUAAUCUGGGGACAAUCGGUGACAUGUUUACUCGUCAGCACAGAAGUCCUAUAGAACAUUGCGAUGACGCGGAUGAUGUAUUUAAAAAUGCGAAUAGUGAUAUGGAUGCAACGCAUCAUUCAACCCCUCGAGUAUAUCCACACGAGCCAGACAGGACACAAGAAGUGGAGAUUCCAAUUUCGGACAAUGGCAGGACAAAUACUGUAUCGCCUCGUUUUAACUUUCCCGAGACACAUACAAUGUCAUACAAUGUAGACGAUAUUUGUCCUCAACCAACAGAGAUGCAAACAGUACCACCACUACCAGCCAGAAAGGUAGAUAGGUGUCAUCAGAUUUCAUCUAGUCGUCAAGACACGCCCCCAACGCUACCCCCACGCAACAACAGACCAGCACCGUACCCCAGCAGCAGGUCAGGAGGCGCUGAUUCAAAGUUCGUACACCUAAACAAGGUGUUGGGUAGAUACCUGGAAUGGAGUCCGAGGGAUAAUGAGAACACGGUGGAAAAUAAGAUGAGACACUUUAUCAACUCUGAUGGACACUACCUGUUGUGGUACAUGGCCUCGAAGAAGAAGCUUGUGCUCACUGUCAGUCACCUGAGGAAGUUGAUCCAUUAUGCCAUAUACAUGACACAAGAGAACGGGCAGUUGUCUUAUUUCAUAUUCAAAGGCGAGACGUUCCCAGACCUACACAAGCUUCUCUACCACUACAAACACUACGGUCUUAAACCCGCGUCUCUCCAGGGCUGCCAUUCAAAUGAUUUCCUACAGCAGCAGAAUGGUAGAGGAAGCUUCCAGAUGGCGCGAUUGUCACACGUAGAGUUACUACAUCCGGUCACUCAGUCAAGGGGGCGCACCAGUGUUUAAGGCAAGCAAACGAUCCAGCUUGAAACGAUUACCCAUCAACGAACGUGUCAGGGUUCAACACGAAUCGUCCUGUAAAAGGAUGCAUUCAUGUUUACCAUAAAGCACGCGAUAAGGUGACAACCAUAGUGAUGAGACCAAACCAAACUGCCAUAUUCCACUCCAGUAUUCAACGCGUGCAACACUCUAAUAUAUGAGCCUCUCUAGUAGUCGAGUGGUGUAAUGGAAACACACUGAUUACUACAAAGGCGACCACGUUUCUAUACCAUGAUGGGACGUAAUAAGGAAUUAGGUCACCAAACCGACCAAGAUGGUUCAUUCUAUGAUCUUCGGUUUGCUUCCAAAGUAAGACUUAUAAAGAGUUUCGAAACAGUGUUUGAUAUAGGUUUUCGUAACUUGUUUCACAAAUGUUUAUUGUACGUGUUGAGAUACUCCAGUCAUUGAACCUGUUGCGGGACUGAUCAAUGCUUUUGCAGGCGAGUUAACUUGCCAAAGGACCGAUCAAGAUUUUGAAAAGAGAAUGAACCUGAUACAGGUCCAUUCCAUGUUCCAUGCCAGUUAAUUUGUCACAGGGCCGAAUAAAAUUUUGAAGCCAGUUAACUUAUUAGAUAACCACCUACUUGAUAGGCAUGCCACUGCCACCAUGUUGCGGGACACUCCCGUGAUUUUAGCGAGUUGUAGGAAUCCCAGUCAUCUUGGCGAGGACCGUCUCCGUGUUUGAAACGACCCCCCCCCCCCCCCCCCCCCCCCUACAUUAUUUAAGAUCAGAAAUCAUGAUACGAGGCCUCGCUAAUUCGUUUUGUUGGUGGAGUAGCCGACCUUCAAAUUAGCCAUAAACUAUUGCACAUUCGUUAUAGACAAUACUUUAUUAUAAAUAGCUGUUGUUAUAUUUACAGACUUCUGUUAGAAAUGUUUAAUUAUGUUUUUAUUUAUGAUAUAAUUAAAAAUGUUAUCAAAGUUUGAA